AUGACAUAUGCACAACUACUUGCUCAUCUUUUACAUCGUGAGUUGGUGCAACUUCGUACCAUGGGCCCUCCAUCUGCUAAGCUCCCUCCUAACUAUGAUGUGAAUGCUCACUGUGAUUUUCAUUCUGGGGCUCCUGGUCAUGAUAUUGAACAUUGCAUAGGAUUCAUGCAUAAGGUACAAGAUCUGAUUGAUUCAAAGGCUAUUGAGUUCACCCCUACUCAAGGGCCUAACGUUGUUCAGAACCCUAUGCCUCACCAUGGAGCUCAUGCUGCAAAUGCCAUUGAUAUUGUUGAAGAUGCUCACCUAGUUAAAGAUGUAAUCGAACUAGGCUCGUUAUUGCCAUUAUUGAAGAAGGAAUUGUUGAGGAUGGGUCUGUACUCCAGUUGUGGGAAAUUUUGUGUUGAUUGCCUAGCUGAUGCCUCAGUUUGUGAUAAUGUGAAGAGUGGGGUCCAACAGUUAAUAGAUAAUGGGUAUCUACAAUUUGAGCAUGUGCGAUGUCCUAAAGUGGUUGAAAACGAAGUUAAUGUGGUAUCCAUUCCUUAUACUCCUGCCAGGAUUCCGAUUCCUGCCAGAGCACCUCCUUUGGUUAUUACACUGCCUGGUCCCGUCCCGUAUACUAGUGAAAGAGCAAUCCCAUGGAAUUAUGGAUCAGAAGUUUUCUACCAAGGGACCAAGCAUGAGAUCGAAAUUCCAGUUGAGAAAGAAGACGUGGACAAUGUUGUUGGCAUUGGGCGAAUGGCAAGGAGUGGUCGUAUUUUCAAUCCUCCCCAAAAUGCUCGCGAUGAUAAUGCAGAAGCCCUAGCUCGAGAUAAAGGAAAAAGAGUGGCAGAAGAUACAGUGGAUCAGGGGCAAAGCUCUAAAUCUGAAGAUACAGUGGCCAAAGAGAUGGAAGAGUUCCUAAAGAUCAUCAAGAAAAGUGAGUAUAAAGUGGUUGACCAGCUGAGUCAAACUCAAUCAAAGAUUUCGAUUUUGCAGUUUCUUUUGUGUUCGGAGACACACCGAAAUGCUUUGCUGAGACUCCUAAGUACUGCCUUUGUCCCUCCGGAGAUCUCAGUGAAUCAACUUGAAGGAGCGGUGUCAAACAUCAACGCUGGUAAUGGUUUGGGAUUCACUGAGGCAGACUUGCCUUCCGAAGGCAGAAACCACAAUAGAGCUUUGCAUAUAUCAGUGGAGUGUAAAGGGACUAUGUUAUCACGUGUUCUCGUGGAUACUGGAUCUUCUUUGGAUGUAUUACCGAAGUCGUCUCUGAUGAGGCUAGACUAUUCUGGUGUUGAGAUAAGGCCGAGUGAAUUGACGGUGAGAGCCUUCGAUGGCUCGAAGAGAUCAGUGUUUGGGGAGGUUGACUUGCCGAUAAUGAUAGGCCUUCAGCUCUUCACUAUUACUUUCUUCGUGAUGGAUAUCCACCCGUCCUACAGUUGUCUCCUAGGACGCCCAUGGAUCCAUGCUGUAGGGGCCGUGACUUCCACAUUACAUCAGAAACUCAAAUUCGCGACUCAAUGA